GGGACGGCCUCUCGGGGCUUCCCACCUUGGCCCAGGCCGCCUCCCCCGAGAGACCGCGCUCCCCGGAGGGCCGGGGCGCCGCGAGCGCCGGAGGACGCGGCUGCGGGCAGGGCGUGAGAGAGUGGGGGCGAGCCUGGCACGGUGACGCGGGGCAAUCCGGGCGCGUGAGCGCGAGGAGCGCGGCGGGGGUGUCGGCGGGUCCCCAGCGAAUGCAUCCGGGGCACCCACCGGGUGCGGCCUACGUGCCAGGGCCGGGGAUGCAGUCGCAGCCUGGCCAAGUAGACUGCUAGGAACCGCAUAAACAGAUCGUUCCAGCCGGUGCUAGGCACGGGGAAGACCUCACAUUAGGCAGAUGGGAUGUGGUCCAGUGUCAGCGAGUGGUUCUGGCAGGACAGGUUCUGGCUGCCACCCAACAGCUCAUGGGCUGACCUGGAGGACCGGCAUGGCCUGGUGUACGCCCACCCCCGGGACAUGCUGGCGGCCCUGCCCCUGGCGCUGGCCCUGGUGGCCGUGCGCUUCACCUUCGAGAGGUUUGUGGGCCAGCCCCUCAGCCGGUGGUUGGGUGUGCGGAGUCAGGCCAGGAGGCCCGUGAGGCCCAACGCUACUCUGGAGAAGCACUUCCUCCAGGAAGGGUGGAGACCCGAGGAGCCCCAGAUGGCCCUCCUAGCCGCCCAGUGCGGCCUCACGCUGCGGCAGACACAGCGCUGGUUCCGGAGACGCCGGAACCUGGACCGGCCCUGCCUGACCAAGAAGUUCUGUGAGGCCAGUUGGAGGUUCGCCUUCUACCUGUGCUCCUUCCUCUGCGGCCUCUCUCUGCUGUACCACGAGUCAUGGCUGUGGACGCCGGCAUUGUGCUGGGACAGUUACCCAAAGCAGCCCCUGAAGCCGGCCCUGUACUGCUACUACCUCCUGGAGUUGAGUUUCUACAUCUCACUGCUGAUGACACUGCCCUUCGAUAUCAAGCGCAAGGACUUCAGGGAGCAGUUGGUGCACCACUUCGUGGCCAUCACCCUGAUCACCUUCUCCUACUGCUCAAACCUGCUGCGCAUCGGCUCGCUGGUUCUGCUGCUGCACGACUCCUCGGACUACCUGCUGGAGGCCUGUAAGAUGUUCAAUUACACGCACCGGCGGCAUAUAUGCGACGCUCUCUUCGUCAUCUUCUCCUUGGUGUUCUUGUACACUCGCCUCGUGCUCUUCCCCACCCAGAUCCUGUACACCACGUUCUUCGAGUCCAUCGCUGAGUCAGGCCCCUUCUUUGGCUACUACUUCUUCAACGCGCUCUUGGCGACACUGCAGCUGCUGCAUGUCUUCUGGUCCUACCUCGUCCUUCGCAUGAUCUUCAACUUCGCCAUAAAAGGCCAGGUAAAGGACAUUCGCAGUGACGUGGAGGAGUCAGACCCGAGCGACAGGGAGGCUGCCCCGGAGGGGCCUCCGCUGAAGAACGGGGCUGCCGCUGUCGACGGGCCUCGGAGCCGGGCGGUCGGGCGGCUAGCCAACGGGCACACGCGGGCCACGUAGCCCGCCCCGGACUGGCCGUGAGGGUCCGCCCCAUGUGCCCAGGGGCGGCCCUUAGGCCAGCUCUGCAGAGACAGGGAGGGCCCCACCCGAGGCCGGGGCCUGGCCGGGCUGAUGAUCUGCCUGCAGCCCCUUCCUUCUGCCCCACCCCCCUCCUUCCCUUGGGCAACCGGACAGAGCUGGGGGGUGGGGGUGGCAGCUGGACUCUGUGACCUGCCAGAGCCACCUCCAGGCUGCAGCCUGGGGACUGUGAAGAGCCCCAGGUUAAAAGAGGUCCAAUAAAACUUGAACGGAGCCAGA